AUGGUUUGCCUGAGCUUUGAACAGUCAGUGCUUAAAAAAAAAAAAAUGGAAAAAUUGGAAAAAGAAAAAAAAAUGGUGGGAAGAGGGAGGGAUGGUUUAUUCGCAAAAACCACGUGGUGGGGCUUUCUGUUGUGUUUCGUACUUGCUUGGUCUUCGUCCUCGGGGCCCUCAGACAUGCUGGCGGCGCCGCGCGGGACACCUCUGUCCGCGGGCGCCCGCACGCCCGCCUCGGUUACCAAAGACGCCUGGACCAGGUCAGCGCCCCACGAGGCCUGGUCGCCACGGCUCGCGCUUUCUCAGUCACAGGCCAGGCCACCGGCGACCCAGACGCGCUGUGCUUUUUCGUUCGCUUCUCGAGACCCGGGCGUGUGCGGCUCCGCUUCCAGCCUGCGUGUGUGCGUGUGUGUGCGUGCUUGUGUGCGUGCGUCUGCUUGA